AUAAGACUGGGUGGGCUCCUUCCCACGACAUUCCCACGCCCUCCACCACGACAUCCAGCUUCAACUACAACAACCACUCUAUCAUCAUGAGAGGACUGCCAGACGACUCGCAUCUUCCUCCUCAGAGGCGGAAACUCUCCUUGCUCUUGGUUCUCGUCGGUGUCGUUCUUGCUACCCUUCUCGCAUUCCAGCUUCAACAUAGCGGCCGCCACCGGUCACCGGGCGAUGGGGCGGAUGACGAUGAAGCGCUGCACAAGGGGGUCUGCACCACACAGGAGUGCGUUGUGACAGCUGGGCGAAUUCUGUCGGCCAUAAACGCGUCCGCCGACCCGUGCGAGGACUUUUUCGAAUACAGCUGCGGCGGCUGGCUCGCGGACAACCCGAUUCCUGAGGACAAGUCGCAGGUCGGCACAUUCGAUAGCGUCAGCGAGAAGAAUCUGCGCCUUCUGAAAGACAUCCUCGAAGGACCAUAUCCGGGCCUUGCAGAGUCUUCUGAUGAUAGUGACAAGCAGAACUUCGAAAAGGCCAAGGGAUUCUACUCCAGCUGCAAGGACGUGGAAGGCAUCGAGAAGACCGGCAUCGCUCCAUUGGUCGACUUGGUAAAACGCGCCACUGCAAAGUUCCCUCUCGGCGACGGCGAGAAGCUAGAUGCCGCAAAAGCCGUCGACGCCAUCGUCCAAGCACAUUCCGUCGGCGUCAAUCCCCUUUUCGCAAUGAUCGUCGGUGCCGACGACAAAGAGCCGGAUGUUAACGUCAUCAAUCUCUUCCAAGGGGGCCUCACUCUUCCUAGCAGAGAGUAUUAUGAGAAGAAGGAUUUUACCGAGGUUUUACGGCAGACUGUUGAGAACGUUCUGAAGGUUGUUUUACCGGAAGCUGGGGGUGAUUGGAAAGAGGAUGGGGCGGCCCGGGCGGCGGCGGUGACGGACUUGGAAGCGUUUUUGGCCCGGUUCUCCUUGCCAAACUCGGCAUUCACAGACCCCAGCGCACUCUACAACGUCUUCACUCCCCACACCCUCGAACAAGCCAGCCCCAACAUCCCCUGGGAAGCCUACCUCAAAGGGCGUUUCGCCUCCGACCGCUUCCCCGCCGACCUCAUCAAAAAGGACACAACAAAACUUAUCGUCCAAGCACCCACCUUCUACGGCAAUCUCUCCACCCUCUUCACCACCACCAAACCACAGGCAUUCGAGGAUUAUGUCAUCUGGCACUAUGUGCUGGAUUACGCGGAACGGCUACCACAGCAUGUGAGGUCGCUUUUCUUUCCGUUGUUUGAGAAGACGGGGCAGAGGGCGAGUGUUGAGCCGCCGAGGUGGAGGACGUGUUUGGCGCUGACGGAUGCGGCGUUGGGGGAGUUGGCGGGCAAGUGGUUUGUCGAGAAGGCUUUUGGAGGGGACAGCAAGAAAGCCGCCUCACAAACGGUCGAAAACAUCGAAAAAGCCUUCCUCAAACGUCUCCCCCACAUCGAAUGGCUAGACAAAGCAACCCGCGAGCGAGCCAUCAAAAAGGUCAAAUCCCUCGUCACUAAAAUAGGCUACGCCGACAUCAUCCUGCAACCCGACGCCCUUGCCGAAAAGUACAAGCACGUGCCUAUUGACCCAAUUGGGUUCUUUCUGAAUAUCGUGCAUGUGCAGGCGUGGGAGGUGCUGGAUAAUUUGCAGGAUAUUUUGAGGAAGGUGGAUAAAGCGAGGUGGGGGAUGACGCCUGCUACUGUUAAUGCUUACUACAACCCAACGAUGAACGAAAUCGUCUUCCCCGCCGGCAUCCUCCAACCGCCCUUCUACCACCUCUCCUUCCCCGCCUACCUCUCCUACGGGGGCAUCGGCGUCGUCGUCGGCCAUGAAUUGACACACGCGUUCGACAACAUGGGCUCCCAGUAUGAUGAGAAUGGGAAGCUGGAGGAUUGGUGGAGUGAGGAGACGAAAAGGGAGUUUGAGAGGAAGGCAAAGUGUUUUGUGGAGGAGUAUGAGAAGUGGGGGGUUACGGGCCCUGAUGGGAGGGAGUACAAGAUCGACGGAACCCUAACCCUCGGCGAAAACCUCGCAGACAACGGCGGCCUCGCGCGCGCCUACGAAGCCUGGAAAGCCGACCUCCACUCACCCGGCGGCCAUAAACGGAACCCCAUGCUGCCCGGGUUUGGCCGCCAUGCGACAAAGGACCAGUUAUUCUACGUCGCUUUUGCUCAGGUAUGGUGCUCAAACCGAACCCCAGCAAACGCCCUCCGCCGCAUCCUCACCGACCCGCACUCGCCCGCCAAGUACCGUGUCAUUGGCGCCGUUGUCAAUUCGAGGGAGUUCAGUGAGGCGUGGAGGUGUAAGAAGGGAAGCGGGAUGAAUCCGGGGAAGGGAGGGAGGUGUGAGAUUUGGUAGUGGGGGGGACGGAGGGUGAGGGUUAUUUUUUUUUUGGUAGAAGGUUGUUUGGGAGGGGAUGCGGCUGCAAACGGAACCGGCAGUCUGUCCCGUCUUGGACGAGGAAUGCACGGUCUCUAUCUGUUCCGCGGGAGAUGGAGUUUGCUGCACAUACUGUAUCUUUAGUGGUAGUAUGGGUUUGAUUGAUUUGCGCUUUCGUGUACAUAGUUG